UUGGGAUUCAAAUCACGGAGCGAAACACAGAGAUGGUCGAGUCCUGAGGUGAAGCCUGAGGCGGAGGUUGAGAGAGAGACAGAGUGAAUUAUUUUGAAGUUCGAAUCGAUCUCACUUUGGCGACGAGACGAAGCAACCCUUCACUGUCGAGAUCUGCGCGACUACCAGUUAGCUCGCCGACUUGCCGCCGAGCAAUCGGGAAUCCGACGCCCUUUUCACGGUUGAUGGUUGGGAGGAUAUGAUUAGGUUGAGAUUUUGGACUGGAGGGAAUAGAGUAGAGUUUCGAGUUCUCUUGUGUCGAAGGAAACAUGAGUCAAGGCCUUAGGGCUGGGGUGAUGGCGGCGCCAGCUCCGCGGCGGACCUUGACGAAAGAGGCGGACGAGGAACUCGCCCUAUUCUUCGAGAUGCGGAAGCUGGAGAAAGAGCGGAGCAACAAACCUCAACAUAAUGCUAGCGAAAUCGAUCUGCCAUUGGGCCUCAAACCAGGGUUUGCUCCCCUAUUUAGGAUCACCAAGGCUCGGAUGGAUGAAUUCCUGAACUCCGACCGGGGAAAAAAUGACUAUGACUGGCUUCUUACACCACCAGGUACUCCACUUCUUCCAUCUUCAGAUACUGAAUAUAGAAGAUCUCCUAUCAGCAGUAAUGGAACUCCAAAGGCUUGUCACACUAUGCUGAGAUCUAGGUUAGUGAAUGCUCCAGAUCCGUUAAGAGACACAUUGUUGCCCAGAUCUGCCUUGAACUCAUCUGCCAUGGGAAUCCGGAGACCAUCAUCUGCUGGUGGCCGUAAUAAACCAAGACCUGCUACUCCAACUGGACGUCCUACAAUACCUGCUGCUCCAAUAACUACCAGUAGACCUUCAACUCCAACCUCCAGAACUGCUUUACAUGCAAAGUCACAAGCUCCGUCAAGAUCAUCAACACCAGUCAGGUUUUCUACACCAACAUCCAGACCAUCAGUAUUAGCAACAAGUAAUCAUGCAUCGAGGUCAGCAACUCCUACAAGAAGGCCUUCAGUCCCAUAUAAUACAUCUACUGUUUCUGCUCCACCUAGUCAACUAUCUUCUGUCGUAAGAUAUGCUUCAACAGCAUCCAAAUGUUCAGCACCGUCACGAGGAAGUUCCCCAACGAUAAAAUCUGGACCAUUAAAACCUUCAGACAUCCCUGGAUUUUCACUUGAUGCACCUCCAAACUUAAGAACAUCAUUGCCUGAUAGGCCCUCUUCAGCUUCGCGUGGCAGACCUGGAGCUCCCACGAGACGAUCAUCUUCCGUUGAACCUGGACCUGGUCGACCAAGGCGCCAAUCUUGCUCUCCAUCCAGAGGUAGGGCUCCAAAUGGUAACAUUCAAAAGGUAAAUUCUGUGCAAACGCCAAACAAACUUCAGCAAAAGGGUGGUGAUGUGAAUCCUGUUGCAAUUGGAAAUACAAUGGUUGAGCGAACAGUCAACAUGAGAAGGCUCAUGCCCCCAAAGCAAGACGACUGUCAAUUCAGCUAUAGUAAUCUCUGUGCUAAAUCUUCUCGUUCACCAGUGAGCACUGGUUUCGGGAGAUCACUGUCAAAACAAUCCUUGGAUAUGGCAUUCAGACACAUGCAGGAUAUCAGGCGGACCAUUCCCAGCUAUUUGAAGCCAGGCAUGGCAAAUGCUUCAGCAUCAUCGUCGGUUUAUAGUGCGAGAUCAGUGCCCGCAAGAAGUAGGACCUUGAGCGUUUCAAACUCUCCUCUUGCCACAAGUAGCACCACCAGUUCUGAACGAAGCGUAAACAACAACCAUACAGUCGGUGUUGAUGGAAGUGAGGUUGAAGAUGAUAUUAUUAGUGAGAAAGGAAGCAUUUGUUCCUCUACUAUCUCCAUUACCAGAUGAUCAAAAAGUAGAGUUCUUUUCUGUUUAAAUAAGUGCUGCCUAUUUGAGUACAAGAGGGAGGUCUCUUUUGGAAUGAUCUGAUGAUUUGUGUACUAGUUUGUUUUGGGACUGCUUGUUCCUUGUAUUUACUGUUCUAAAUGUUUAUUUACAUUACUAUAUUCCUUCGUAAAGCAUUCGCAUAA